AUGGUUUGUAUAUUCGCGUUCAAAUGGAGGUGCCGCGGCGGAACCGCUGACCAAUGCCCGGUACAGGAAACAAUUUCCAACCACGCCCUAAAAGGUUAUACGUUCAAGACGAUAAAAGUCUCGAGUCCGUUUGAAUGUCUGUAUCAUUGCCAUUACGAAGACAGAUGCCAGAGUUAUAACUACUUGAAUGCCGAGGAUAUUUGCGAGAUGAAUAACCGAACCAAGGAAGCAAAACCAAAUCAAUUUGUGCCUGACCAAAGGCGGCUCUACAAGAAACGCGGGGCUCAUAGAGGUGAUGUGAUUAUUUAUCUCCGAUAACUUUUGUUCUGCGCAAAUAAAUGAACAAUUUUAAGUAAGAAAUAGUUUAAUUAUCGAAAAACUAGUACAGUCGACUCCCGAUAACUCGAACCCUCGCUAACUCGAACCUCGCGUUAACUCGAACCAAACUCGAUUUCCCCUGGAUUUCAGUCAUACAUUCCCUGUAAUUUUACCCUCGGUAACUCGAGCCCUCGAUAACUCGAACUCCCGCUAACUCGAACCAAUUUUAGUUUUCCCUCAGGUCAUUUUCUAUAUAAUUUUACCCUCGAUAACUCGAACCAUGUUUUGAGCCCUUAAAAGUCGGGAAAAAAGCCGUCUACUGGCGUCCGAAAUAUUGAAUUUUGGAUUUCCUAAUGGCGUGUUGAAGGAGUAUACUUUACUAGUGGAGGCUGAUGUUGAUUUUUUUGUCACAUGCCAACGUGAAGCAGCUGCUCUUCUCAAAACAGUAAAACGCAUGCUCUAUUUAGGCUAUGUUUUGUUACGUUACGUUCUGAUUUAUAAUCUAGAAGUAUCUUUUAAUUUUCACUUGACAUUUCUACAAUUAAAUGUGAUUCAAAUGUUCCCCGUGCAGUAAAAACUAUUUUUUACCUUACUCUCACCUAUUUCCUUCGAACUCCCGAUAACUCGAACCUUAUUUCGAUUUCCCUUGAAGGUUCGAGUUAUCGGGAGUCGACUGUAUUCGAGAACCAAAUUUCAAACUUAAAACAGUACUGACUGAUCCUUGAUAGAAAAAAUAUAGUAAGAAAACAAAAAUCAAGUGGUGAAUUAUAUUAUUCACCACUUGAUUUUUAAAAAUUGGUACUCAAGAUUUUACUGAUCCAGGUCUACUUAAGAUCCGGCGGACCCUCAUUACUUUGUCGUUGUGGUUUUACCUUCAGAAGUGUUUCUAGUAUUCGAGAGUGACUUCUUUUUUGGAACAUCUAACAUUUAUGACACUGAUAGGAGUUUAGCAACAUAGUUAGUGACAGUCGUACCAGCCUUACCUGGGCCCUAGGCUUCAUUAUUCAGCGUGGCCUAUGCGUUUCGGGUCACGAGGUCCUAGCUUUGUUUUUGGGUUCGUCUCGGAUGUACCAACCGAGAAGGCCUGGGAAGCCCUACACGGACAGGGCAAGUGACAGCCAGGGCGGAUAAAUGUUGGGCGGUGAAACGAGCGCUCCGCUCUUCAUUUAAUGUGUGAUGCGGAGUAGGACUGGCACGAGCGCUCUUUCCGCGCUUCCGGUGCGCUUGAAGGCCGGCGAAAUUUUCCUUUUUGCAAACCGGAAAUCCUAUUUUCUUUCUGUAAUUUCAGGCUACAAUGUUAAAUAGAUAAAUUCGUUUCAUAACAGUAUCAAUAAGCAGUUUCAUAUCUUUGUGUCUGUAUGCCUAUAAGUCAAACCUGUUGGUCGUAUAAUGCCAAAAUUUGAGUUUAAUUUGAAAGUGUUGAAUUCCUCCUCCUUCCACUAAAUAUCACCUAAUCGUCUUUCGCCGUUUCGUUCUCAAAAGCUUAACACUUCUUAACCUCAAUUUUUACUUAUGUUAAAGGGGGAUAAAUUUUAUAUAACAAAACGAAAAAUUAGAUUGAUAUAUAUUGAUAUAGUGGCGUUGUACUUCUUCAAACUUUGCUUCUCGGGUGUAACGCGCCAUGGCGAUUCGCGCAACGCGUUGCAAAUCCGGCAACCGCAUAUAAACAAAAUUUGUUGAGGUUAGUUGUAAGGUUUUUUCUCCGUUUUUCUCUCUAAAACAAAACAAGGUAAACAAUAAAAACUGAGGGGAAACUAAUUCUGAAGUUUCGAAGAAACAGAAAGACGUAUGAGAUGUUUUUUUCAAAAGUAAAAAGAAGGAUGAUGGUGAUUGAAAUUAGCAUAAUUUUACCUUGCACGAGCUGCACGCAUUUAUAAAAUACACGUCAUCUAGUUAUGAAACACCAUCUGCUGUCUUUUAGUUUUGCCAUGGAUGGCAUGAUUUUCUUUCGUGUUUUAGACAGUACUUAGUUGUUUUUGUUUUGGAAUAACAUCGACAUUGGCGAGUAGUAGAAUGAAAAUAUAAGUAAGUGGUAGAGUCAUGGAAGUAAUAAAGGAAUUUUAAAGCCUUUGAAAGAGAUGUUUGUCUACUCCAACUAAACCUCCCGCAAAAAAUAGCAACAUUUGCCUCUCGGAGACAGCGUACCAGCACAAAAGAACGAGGAAGAAGUGCAAGAAAACAAAUCAAGCCGCCAUAAUUCAGUGACAGCGGCAGUGUCUAAUGUACAAACCAGAUCGCAAGCCCUGACCGAAGUCGAAAACAAGCGACAUUUCUAAGCAGAGUCCCAGUCCACUGCAUCACACCUUUUUGCUCGGACGCGCUCGUUUCACCGCCCAACCUUUAUCCGCCCUGGUGACAGCCAAGUCCAUAGGCGUUCUCGGCUCGGUCAAACCUGGAAACUACCGUGAGCUGUGACGUCACCAAGAGAGACUCGACUCGACUCGAUGUCGACUCGUUCUCUCGCCCACCUUUUCCCAAACAUCGCGCGGACAACAGGGCAAGAGAGAAUGCCUAAGAACUAGGUUGAGUUGGUGAGUAUUUUAGAUGAAGAUUCCCCCACCCCCCCACUCCUAUGUUGCUCUUCACAGUUGUCCUCGGCUCCACUCCUUCGCUGCCUGGUGAAUCGUGCCGGGAAAUCAAAGCAAAUGAAGCAGGAGUAGUUGUCAGCGGUAGUUUCUGGUUGGAUCCUUUGAGUUCAGGAGAGGCUAUACUGGCUUAUUGUGACAUGAAUACAGAAGGUUUGAGACUCUUUAUUUUCUUUGUGUGAGUGAUGUUCAUGAAAUUUCACACAAAACAUUCUGGCCAGGGGUAUUAGUUCCAAAUAGUAACGGUAAAAAAGGAAUGAAAGUUCCGGUCAUAAAUUUAGCCGAAAUUUGAAUUAGUUUUCCCCAGUCAAAUUUUGCUCGCAGUCAAGAAAAACCUGCGAUCUUAAUAGUAAAACUUAGCAGGCGAGUUUUCCUAAACGAGACCAUGGAAAAACGUUUUAAUUAAACCUUGCUUACGUAGAUAUGAUGCACCGUUAACUUUCAUUAUUAAAAUGCUUGAUCGUUAGUUGCAGAUUUCUGCUUCCGACAUCAAUGUGAGAAUGGUGCAUCAUGCAUUAAUGGACCCAAAAGCUACAGCUGUUUGUGUGACAGAUUGUGGACUGGAACUUACUGUGAAACAAUUAUUGUAACAGGUAACAAAAGUUCUUCGUCCGUAAAUUUAAAACGUUUUUUAUACUUUUGCUACCUUUUCUACAACUCAGUUACUCAGUGAUGCUUAAUUUUUUUGAUAGUCUGUGGACAAACUUCUUUUCCAGCUAGUAUUUGAAUUCUCUGCCAUAGCCGAAAUUCAGUUCAAAAAAACUGGUCAACUGUUUCAAAGCGUUGGAAUCCGUUUCUUUUAAUAAUAUUUUCCCCCAGCUCUGAACUGGAUUUUUAGGUCGUUUUUCUGCUAGGAUUUCGAGACAAAUGAGGUCUGACUAGAACAAAAGGCGCCUUCUAUUCAACAGAAGGCUCUUAUAAUGAAGGAAAGUCUAUUAAUAAGGCGUUCGAAGCGAACAUGGCCACUUUUGUAGACGCAUCCAUGAUCUUUUCAUUGCGCUAUAACAAGUUUUUAUGACCUAAUUGUCAAUGCUGACUCCAGCCAAGUUUAUUUCCAUUCCGUCUUCUGCUUUGGUCGCAAACGUUCAGCUGAUGUAUAUUUUAUCUACAAAGACUAAAUAGAUAUCUACCCUUGCAGCAAAAUCCCCGUCGAAAUCUACCUUGGCUCCAACGCGGUGGACACCCACAAUGGUCGCUACUGCACAAUUAACACUUACAGUUAACCCGACUAACUGGAUAUCUAGCCCGGCUGCAAACACCCAGAUGUUACCUUCUGUGGCUCCCACGCAGGUGAAAACGGUCUUAGCUGCUCAAUUGACGCCUUCAACUGUCUCAACCACACAAUUGACAGCUACCACGACUCAAGGCAUCCAGUCGACUGGAACUCCGAGCUUCAGGGUGACUGUUAUCACGAGCGAUGUUCAUGGAGCAGGUACAGACGCCUUAUUGUACAUCGCGCUCAUGGGCACUGACGGAACAAAAUCGGGGUUGACUGAGAUAGUUAGCGAGCAGGAAGAUUUCGAAACAGGCAGGUAA